UCUCCACAGCCACCCCUUCAAAGAAAAAGGUCACAAAAGAGGGGACAGAGAGAGGAUGGGGGGGGCAAAGUGGUGUGGGUAGUGGAAUUGUAGGCCAGAUGAGGUCAACAAGAAGGUGAAUUGUAAGCCCCCAAAGCCCCAAAACACACACACAGGCAACAACAUUCUUCUACUCCUCACUGAGUUCUAAUCAUUGGGUGUCUGCAUCUGUUGGAAAGGCCUCUCCUUUUUCCUUAUUCUUGUCAAACAUGUCCCUCUGUCCUCUGUCCUGUUACUUCAUUUCCCUUGUCUCCCCAUUCUUAAAUACCUGCAAUCCACGGAACAGGGUGCGAGAAAUGAGCGCGACCCGAAACUUCAACCGGGCUCACUUCUCCCGCCAAACGCACGAACACAAGCACGCAUGAGUCGGUGUCAUCUUCGAGUCGGGUGUUUGAUGGUAGCUGAUGGGGUUCCAGAUUGCGCUGACAUAAACAAGCUCCGGGUGAACGAGUUUCGCAACCAUUUAGAUCCCGCUUUAAGCUGUCCCGGGAACAAACCCUCUGAAGGCGAGUUCAACGUGUUUUUGCAAUCGAUUUCGUGGUUUUUUUUUUUUUCCAGGCGAUCUGCUACUUGAUCUAAUGGUCUUGACCCGUCUCUGCCUCGAAUGCUUGGACAGAUACAUUAUGUUGGUUCGGAGCUAUCGUAGGUGGCUUAACCUCUUCAUUGCAGCAUGCCGAGAAGGACCGCUAUAAUUCCUCUCCGGAGACUGGGUUGAGUGAUUUGGUGGCUAAAUUUCUAGUGCUCUGUUCAAAACUUGUCGUCUCGGCUUCAGAGUUCUCAUAGGGAAAAAAAAGGUUUUUGGAUUUGCUAAAGAGGUGGUAAAAGACGGCUUUGGAAGGUCAACAUAUCUAGUGCAGUUUAGAAGAGUUGUGCCUGCAGCGGUCAUGGUGGUGGACAAGGAUUUUAGAGGAAAUUUCAUGGAGACUUUGAAUCAAAAGAAUAAUGACGAGGAAUGCAUGCCCUCUGUAUUGACGUUCAAGAUCAACUCUGGGGAUGAUGAUGGCAUGGGGGAUGUGGACGAGACCGAGAGCAUGGAGCUAGAAUCCAAUGGAAGCAAGAUCAGUGUAGAGGAUGAAGACCUGAUGAUUUCAGACUCGAAGGAAAGUGCGGCAUGUUCUGCAGGUGGCGGAACACGAAAUGAAGGCGAUGCAGAGAGUGAAGUAGUGGAGGGAGAUGCAGUGAAUAGGAAAUCCAGAGCUUCCUUCAAACGAGCUCGUGACGGUAUUUACGAAGAAGAUUCAGUGGGGUCGAAUUGGAAAAAGAAGAGUCCAGUAGGGCAACGGGAUGACGAGUCGAUUGGCGUAGUUGCUGAAUCAGAUGGAGGCAACAUAUAUAGCAGUCAGGGUGAUUUCGUAAUUCUGGAUCCUGAAGUAUCUGGAGAGGAAUCUGCUUGUGUUGUGGACCAGAGUCCAUUACGGGCAAUGCUUAACUGGCUCAAUGGGAUUGCAAACAACCCAUGUGAUCCAGAAAUUGGAUCUUUACCAGACCUGUCCAAAUGGAACCUCUAUGGAAGUGACAAAUUGUGGAAACAGGUUUUGUUGUCUCGGGAGGCUCUCUUAUUGGAUAAACACAAAUCUCUGAGUGCCAAAAGAUUAGUCUGGCAGAAAAAUCAGAGGAUGCACCCAAGCUUGUAUGAAGAUCGUGAUGGAUCCGGUUAUAAACUGAGAGAGAGACAGUGUGAGGAGAGUUUUCUCCUCAAAAGCAAGAAGGUGAAAAGUGGUUCAGAUACUUUCUUGUCAGGAUGUCAUGGUUACUUGGAUACUAAAGAUAACAUUGAUAACAAUAUCAAGGAUGGAGACUCCAGUUCCUCAUCUGCAGGUUCUCUAUUUGACUAUCAGGGACAAGAGGAAGUACCUCUGGGUUCUGAAUUUCAAGCUGAAGUGCCAGAGUGGUCUGGGGUAACUUUUGAAAGUGACUCUAAAUGGCUGGGAACCCCAAUUUGGCCUUUGAAAAAUACACAGAGAAGAUCUCUGAUUGAGAGGGAACCUAUGGGAAAGGGAAGACAAGAUUCAUGUGGAUGUCAAGUUCGAGGCUCUGCUGAAUGUGUUAGAUUUCACAUUGCCGAGAAAAGCAAAAGACUGAACCUGGAACUUGGCCCAGCUUUCCACAUUUUCAAGUUUGACAAAAUGGGCGAAGAAGUUAAACAUUCCUGGACAAGCGAAGAGCAGGAGAAAUUUGCUGCCAUAGUGAGGUCAAAUCCCCCUUCUCAAGGUAAGUGUUUCUGGGAUCAAAUGUUCAAGGAUCUUCCGACCAAAAGCAGGGUUGAAUUGGUGAGCUACUAUUUUAAUGUCUUUCUCAUGCUACGAAGGAGAAACCAGAACAGUUUCACUCCCCUUAAUAUUGAUAGUGAUGACGAUGAAUGGGAACCUGGUUCUGUUGUUCGUGGAGUUGGCCAUCAAGAGAUCAGGUCGUCGGGCUCCAUAUUUUAUUCACCAACAAAGCCACAUUCUAGGUUUAGAUGAUGGUAAGUUUCUUCUGAAGCAUACACUUUGCCGAGAGCUGCCAAUCUGGUUGUUCUUCUGCAGUUCAGUGCCUCGGCAAAAAUUUUCUGGAGAACAAUUUUUUUCUUUUGGGUCAUAGCUAUGAUGUAUUAUUACAGGAUAAUCAUGCUUAGCUCUGGUAGAGAAAAAAAAAAGUGAAGUAUUGAUAUAUGGGUAUUAGCUGUAUAGCGCAAGAAGUUAUGUUGCAGUCAAGUCAUUUUGUUUUUCCAGCGUACAGCUCUUUAAGGUAUACUUCCUGUUGAUUUCUCAUGACUACCAACACUGGAUACAGAUCUUUCUGUUUCUUCUUCUUCUGUUUUUUCAAUAUACUUGUUCGCUUUGUUUCUGGCCUUA